UCCCGGGAGCUGCCUCCGUUCUCAGGAGCCGCCAGAGACCGAAUGGAGACAGAAGCGCCCCAGCCCGGACUGUCGCCCCCGGACUCUGCGCACGAUCCUUGUAAAAUGUUCAUCGGGGGACUGAGCUGGCAGACUACGCAAGAGGGCCUGCGAGAGUAUUUCAGUCAAUUCGGAGACGUGAAGGAGUGUCUUGUUAUGAGAGAUCCAUUGACCAAAAGAUCCAGGGGAUUUGGGUUUGUCACAUUCAUGGACCAGGUCGGAGUAGACAAAGUUUUGGCACAAUCAAGGCACGAGCUUGACUCCAAGACGAUUGAUCCUAAAGUAGCAUUUCCGCGCAGAGCUCAACCAAAGAUGGUGACAAGGACAAAGAAGAUUUUUGUGGGCGGCCUGUCUGUGAAUACAACUGUCGAGGAUGUAAAACAAUAUUUCGAGCAGUUUGGAAAGGUUGACGAUGCCAUGCUAAUGUUUGAUAAAACAACAAACAGGCACAGAGGGUUUGGCUUUGUUACCUUCGAAGGAGAAGAUAUUGUGGAGAAGGUCUGUGAGAUCCACUUCCAUGAGAUCAACAAUAAAAUGGUUGAAUGUAAGAAGGCACAACCCAAGGAGGUGAUGUCUCCAACAGGCUCUGUACGGGGACGCUCCAGAGUGAUGCCAUAUGGAAUGGACGCUUUCAUGCUCGGCAUCGGCAUGCUAGGAUAUCCUGGUUUCCAAGCAGCCACAUAUGCCAGUCGCAGCUACACAGGGUUAGCUCCUGGGUAUACUUACCAGUUUCCAGAAUUUCGUGUAGAGAGAACCCCACUCCCGGGCACCCCCGUUCUCCCAGAACUCACAGCCAUCCCACUGACUGCAUAUGGACCAGUGGCAGCAGCGGCAGCGGCUGUGGUGAGAGGCUCCACUCCAACUCGCACAGGGGGUUUCCUGGGAACAAGCAGCCCGGGGCCAAUGGCCGAACUAUAUGGCGCAGCCAAUCAGGAAUCGGCAGUCAGCAGCUACAUCAGUGCAGCAAGUCCAGCACCUAGCACUGGCUUUGGACACAGCCUUGGGGGACCUUUGAUUGCCACGGCUUUCACUAAUGGAUAUCACUGAAUUUAUGGGUCACAGUGAAGGUUUUUGGAAGCUCUUUAUGUCUGUGACUGUCCCUCUCCACUCAGAUUAUCAGAUGGCCACACGCCACCUUGUGUUCAUGCAGAGUAACUGGUGCCUCCUGCAUUAUUCUUCCUUUCACCCCAGAACAUUUUAUUUAUUUCAUGUUAUUUUUUUCUUCUCUUUCUUUCCUUGUUCGUCAUUUUGUUUUGUUUUUUCCUUUUCUCAUCGUUAGUCUUGUGUUUCCAUGAUAGAUGUCAGGAAAACAUAUUUCAUAACUAGGUAAUUUUUGUUCUGGUGGGUUGCUGGGAAAUUCCGGUACAACAUGCUGGAGGGAGGGAAGGGAUUAUAUGGUCCAGCUGUCUGGGAAUGUGUUUCAUUUAUUUUUAACUGAGAAAAAAAAACAAAUAUUUUUUAUGUAAAUUUCGGCUUUUAUGACAUGAAGUGGACAAUGCACAAGAACAAGACAAAUGUAUAUUUUGCUAAAUGAAAAACUAUUUGUAGAACAGAAAUUAUUUUAAUUUUCUCAAAACUGGUUUGAUUUUUUUUUUUUUUUCCUCUGUAAAAUAUGUAAAUAUUGCAGACUGAUCGCUCUGCCACCUCCAGGUCUUUUCUGGCCCCGGCUCUUCCUUUGCCGACUUGGGUCCAUAUUUUAGCAAUAUUUUCCUAAAACCUGAAUGGAUUGACAGGUUUUUUUUAUAAAUUUUUUUGCUACAACUGAGUUCUGUCCACUGGAAUAAACUGGUGCGUUGUCAGCGCAGGAGAUCGCUGAGCGCCAGCUACAUCCUUGGCACAAAUUAACUCUUUGAGUGCCACCCUUCUUGAUGUCACGGAGGAAGGUGUGUGUUUUUAUGCAAACGCAUAUAACAUAGGUUUUCUUUGGAAACCAGAAAAAAAAAAGAUGACUGUGAUGAUAAGCAUUGUCAAUGCAUUAGCCUUUUAGUUAUCAUAUAAUACAUAUGUGGGCUAAUUUAACCAGGCAAAAAGUGAUGUACAGUAACGCAUGACAACCAGUCAACAAUCAUCUCUUAUUGUUCUGACUAUUCUAAACUGAAACAAAAAGAUGGGAUUUGAUUGGUUAGUAUGUGGCACUGCAUUUUGCACAUCAUCAUUGCUUUUACUCUGCCUUAAAUGAGCCUAAGAGUCUAAAAGAGACUUUAAUAUUUAUAUAUCCUGGCGACACUUGCAGUCAGGUAUAAUCCUUGUAGUGUCAAGGAUAUCCAAAAACUUCCUACAGUUAGGAAAUAAGAACAUUCCAAAUCCCUGAUGUGUAUUCACUGUCUCCUCCAAGAGAAAAUGUGUGAUGGUACAUAAAGAGUUAAUUGUGAACAGGAGUGCAUACAAUGCUGUAUUGCAAGUUCAAAGCAAUAAUGUUUGUUACUGCAACUGGAAUUUUUUUUAAAUAGCAAAAAAAAA